UUAAUUACUAACUAAUAUGAAUCAUCAGUGUAGGUGAUUCAAAAAGUUUAACCAUCUAGCUUUCCAAUUAGGAUUCAAAUAUGCUCAAGAAACCCCGCAAUCUUGUUCUUUCUGUCUUUUUUCUGUUUCUUUCUUCAUGGAUUUGCUUGGCCAUGGCACAAAACAAAACCACUACUACAAUACCAGUGAAUGUGGGUGUUGUUCUUGAUAUAAAUCAGGACUAUGGGAAGAUUUGGUUGAGUUGCAUCAAACUGGCGCUCUCAGACUUCUAUGGAUCGCAUGCUCACUACAAAACAAGGCUGGUCUUGAACAUUAGGGACUCCGAGAACAACGUUGUACGGGCAGCUGAUGCAGCUCUAGAUUUGAUAAUGAAUACACAAGUGGAAGCCAUUUUAGGACCCGUGACAUCGAUGGAUGCGAGCUUUGUUAUUAAUCUGGGCGACCAAGCUCAAGUGCCAAUUAUUUCAUUUUCUGCAUCAAGCCCAUCUCUUACUUCACUCCGCAGCUCCUACUUUUUCCAAAUUACACAGAUUGACUCAUCCCAGGUGAAUGCCAUAAGUGCUAUCGUUCACAAUUUUGGAUGGAGACAAGUUGUAGCCAUAUAUGUAGACACAGAAUACGGAGAAGGAGUCAUACCUUUUCUAACUGAUGCAUUGCAAGAGGUUGAUGUUGGUGUCACCUAUCGAAGUGCAAUUUCCCCAUUAGCCACCGAUGAUCAAAUUCUUCAAGAACUAUACAAGUUAAUGACCAUGCAAACUAGAGUCUUUAUUGUGCAUAUGAAUCCGAAUCUCGGUUCUAGGCUCUUUGCCAAGGCAAAAGAGAUUGGAAUGAUGAGUCAAGGAUAUGUCUGGAUCAUGACUAAUGGGUUAGCCAAUCGGUUAACAUCGAUGAAUUCUACAGUCAUAAAUUCCAUGCAAGGUGCACUAGGUGUGCAAACAUACUUUGCUCAGACAAUGGAGCUUGAAGAAUUCAACUUCCGGUGGAAGCAACAAUUCCUGAAAGACCAUCCAACUCUCAUUGAUGCUGAAUUGGAUAUCUUAGCACUAUGGGCAUAUGAUGCAGCUUUCGCACUAGCCAUGGCAGUCGAAGAAGUGGGGAUCACAAGUACUGUCGACUUAUUCCGAACGAAAAAAUCCUCCUUCAAUUUGACAGAUCUUGAGAACAUUGAGAUUUCCAAGUAUGGUACGGACCUCUGCCGAGCCCUUUCGAUGACUAGAUUUGAAGGCAUAGCUGGAAAUUUCUACAUUGUUGAUGGUCAACUUCAGUCAUCAACCUUUCGCAUAGUGAAUAUAAACGAGGAUGGAGCAAGAGAUAUUGGAUUUUGGACACCACAAAAUGGACUCGUGAACAAAUUGAAUUCGGCAAACACAAGCAUACUUUCAACUAAUUCGAAGUCCAACCUUAAAGCUAGUGUUAUAUGGCCUGGAGAUUCUCUCUCUUUUCCCAAGGGAUGGGAGAUCCCAACAAAUGGCAGAAAGUUGAGAAUAGGAGUUCCUGUUAAUGUCGGUGUUCCUGAGUUUGUUAAGGUCACAAAAGAUCCAAGCACACAUACAACUGAAGUCACAGGGUUUUCUAUUGACGUCUUUAAGGCUGCAAUAGAGAACUAUGAUGCCGUGGUGGGAGAUGUAACAAUCAGAGCAAACAGAUCAUUAUACGUGGACUUUACAAUGCCAUACACAGAAUCAGGCAUAGUAAUGGUUGUGCCAAUCUUCGACACCCGGACCAACAAUGCAUGGGUAUUCUUGAAGCCUUUGACAUGGGAUCUUUGGCUAACAACAUCAUGUUUCUUUGUUUUAAUCGGUUUCGUGGUUUGGGUUCUUGAACAUCGAAUCAAUGAAGAUUUUCGUGGCCCUCCCUCACAUCAAAUUGGCACUAGCGUCUGGUUCUCCUUCUCAACCAUGGUGUUUUCACAAAGAGAGAGAGUGGUCAGCAACUUGGGAAGAUUUGUGAUGAUUAUAUGGGUAUUUGUUUUGUUAAUACUGACACAAAGUUACACGGCUAGUCUAGCUUCACUAUUAACAGUCCAACAACUUCAACCAACUGUUACCGAUAUAAAAGAUCUUUUAAGGAAGGGAGAAAACGUGGGAUAUAGGAGCACUGCUUAUACUUAUGAUCUAUUGAAACAAGUAGGUUUUGACGAUUCCAAGCUCAGAGGGUUUACAACUGUUGAAGAAAUUCAGGAAGCUCUUUCAAAAGGGAGCCCAAAUGGUGGUAUUUCUGCUUUUGUUGACGAAACCCCAUACACGAAGCUUCUUGUAGCCAAAUAUUGUUUGAAAUUUACCAUGGUUGGACCUAUCUUCAAAACUGUUGGGUUUGGCUUUGUGUUCCCAAAACGUUCCCCUCUUGUACCUGACGUAUCACAAGCAGUGCUAAACGUGACCGAAGGAGAGAAGAUAUUGAACAUUGAAAACAAAUGGUUCAAUAAACAAGAAAGCAAUUGUCAAGACUCUAGUAACCAACCAGUUUCCAGCAACAGUCUUGGGCUUGCCAGUUUUUGGGGUUUAUUCUUGAUUGCGGGGCUGGCUUCCAUACUCGCACUCAUCAUCUUUAUAGUUUGCUUUCUUUACGAGUAUAGAAAUAUGAUUCCCUCUGACUCGGGUGCCUCUAGAUGGAGAAGGUUGCAGAUCAUGUUCGAAAUCUUCAAUCGAAAGGACCUUGACUCUCAUACUUUUAAAACAAGUCGACUACGAGAUUCAGUUCAAGCCCCAGUAAGUAACACCUUCGAAGUAGUCGACUACAAUUCAAAGCAGACACAGAUACAUUCCGUAUCUUUUGAAGAUCAAGAAAUACCAUCAACUGAUCAAGACUCGAUGGUGGCAGCCACUGAGGUUGCUAUUACAAUUCAAGAAAUCCAAGCAACUACUCUUGUAUAAACUAUCUAAGGCAGACAAUCAUUUGUAAUAGUAUGCAAAACGUGCAUGAUUUUUCAAGGGAAUUGAAGUAAACUGAUUUGACUAACCAAGGUUUUUGGGUCCAAAGGAGCAAAUGAACAAAACAGAGAAUUAUAAGACCUGUUUGUACCCAAUAUUAGUAUAUAUAUCGACCUAUCACAUGGUGGCGGUUUGAUGAAUUGAAGAAAUUGAGAUAAUUAUUGGUAGUUUAUUGAUUA